GCCUCUAUCUCUCCCUUGGCCACGUAAAAGAAGAGCUAUAAUUUGGGAAAAUACGCGGUUCUAGUGCAGGCACGCACGGAGACGGCGCAGAUCUUCUUGUUUGAGUUCUGAGGCACUUAUUUUGAGUAGAGGAAGUUUAGCCGGAAGGAUUUAAGGACAGUUCCACUUCCCGUAACACCGGGAGGGAUUGAAAGAUGGCGUCCUCCAAAUUGAAAAAGCAAGCUACAACGGCUGGGAAAAAAGAAUUUCAUAACCAGAAGCUGAAGCAGGAGAAUCAAGAUGAAUCAGAACUUCUCACUGUUCCUGAUGGUUGGAAGGAACCAGCUUUUUCCAAAGAGGACAAUCCCAGAGGACUCUUGGAGGAGAGCAGUUUCGCAACUUUGUUCCCAAAAUACAGAGAAGCUUACUUGAAAGAGUGCUGGCCAUUGGUGCAGAAAGCACUGAAUGAACAUCACGUUAACGCAACCCUGGACCUGAUCGAGGGCAGCAUGACAGUCUGCACAACAAAGAAGACCUUUGAUCCGUACAUCAUCAUCAGGGCCAGAGACCUAAUAAAACUGUUAGCAAGGAGUGUUUCAUUUGAACAGGCAGUACGAAUUCUUCAGGAUGAUGUUGCGUGUGACAUCAUUAAAAUAGGUUCUUUAGUAAGAAAUAAAGAAAGGUUCGUAAAAAGAAGACAACGGCUUAUUGGUCCCAAAGGAUCCACAUUGAAGGCGCUGGAACUCUUAACAAACUGUUACAUUAUGGUUCAGGGAAACACGGUUUCAGCCAUUGGACCAUUUAGAGGCUUAAAAGAGGUUCGAAAAGUAGUCCUAGAUACUAUGAAGAAUAUUCAUCCAAUUUAUAAUAUUAAAACCUUAAUGAUUAAAAGAGAAUUGGCAAAAGAUUCUGAAUUAAGAUCACAAAGUUGGGAAAGAUUUUUGCCACAGUUCAAGCACAAAAAUGUAAACAAGCGCAAGGAACCAAAGAAAAAAACUGUUAAAAAAGAAUAUACACCAUUCCCACCACCACAGCCAGAAAGUCAGAUCGAUAAAGAAUUGGCUACUGGUGAAUACUUUCUGAAGGCAAGUCAAAAGAAGCGGCAGAAAAUGGAAGCAAUAAAGGCUAAACAGGCAGAAGUUCUUACUAAGAGACAAGAGGAGAGAAACAAAGCUUUUAUUCCACCUAAAGAAAAACCAGUCGUGAAGCCUAAGGAAGCUCCUACUGAAACUAAAAUUGAUGUGGCUGCCAUCAAGGAAAAGGUUAAGAAAGCAAAGAAUAAGAAACUUGGAGCUCUUACAGCUGAAGAAGUUAAGCUUAAAAUGGAAUCAGAUGAAAAGAAAAAGAAGAAAAAGUAAUACAUAAAAACAAUGAACUAGAAUUUAUUAAGAUACUUCCUUUUGUAAAGGACUUUGACAUACUAGCACAUUAGUUGCCUUAAGUGUAAGAAGUAAUACCCUGAUUACUUUUUUCUGAGUUUGUUUUCUUUAUAAGAGUGUUUAUAUAUACUGCUAUUCUUUAUAAAUGAUGUUCUUUGUGUGUUUUUUGAAAAAUUUUAUACUACAGAGUGGUAUAUAUGUCUUUGUAUACAUUGUACCUAAUCUGUUCCAGGCAGGCUUGGUCUAGCAUGAUUUUAGGAGUAAUUCUCUAGGUCGUUUAUAUAAAGGUUUUUGUAACGUGGCUGUUGUAAUUAUCCAUCAAAUUGAAUGUGUGAUGACAUUGGUUAGUCUUUAAAUACAGGGUGGGGCAAAAGUAGGUUUAUAGUAGUCAGUACGUGAAGCAGAGUUUAUUCUUGUAUUAUUUAUUAAUUAUUGUAUUAUUUUUCAUAUGAAUAGCUAUAAACCUUCUUUCACCCCACCCUGUAUAACUGUGUCCCAGCAUUUGGUUUUGAAGAAAAUAAAUUCAGAUUUUUCAGUGCUCUCUCUACUGAUAAACAAACAUUUAGGUUUACUCCUUCUUGUAAUCUUAUUUUACAUUUCGUUCCAACAUUUAACAACCCAUAAAGCCAAAAAAAAAACCCCUGAGGCUUAUUAAGUCAUAUUCCUUAAUUACUGUUCUAUUCUGCAUAUGGGGAAGUAGAAAGACACCAAAUUGCCAGUGGGUAAAACCAGAUAUUCAGAGUUGAGUCAGCAUGCAACAAGUUAUAUGGAAAUGUUUUACUACUGAAGGCCGGUGGAUGGACUUAGAAUCGCCUGAAUCCAGCUGGCUCAUUUUGCGCUACUGAAAGGCACAGCUGUGGCAGCCUGAAAACAGUGCUUGUCCGUGGAAGAGUGGAGAGCAGACAUGAGCUUAUCCUGCAGAGUUAGGAUGUGGCACAGCUGCUGCUUUGGGUUAUGGCUUCACUGCAGCAACAUGGCUGUUUUUCCUGGAAUGUUUUAAAAUUAGAAAUACACCCAACUGUAUUUUUUUUAAAUGUUCUGUAAUUUUAUUUCUUUUCUUUUUUUUUUUUUUUUUUAGAUUUUAUUUAUUUAUCUCUAGAGAGGAAGGGAAGGAGAAAAGGAGAGAAAUAUCAAUGUAUGGUUGCCUCUCGUGAGUCCCCUGCUGGGAACUGGCCCACAACCCAGGCAUGUGCCCUGACCAACUGUAAUUUUUAAAAAGUCCUAUGUACCCCUGGUUGGUGUAGCUCAGUGGAUUGAGCCUGAGCCUGCAAACCACAUGAUCGAGGAUCGAUUCCCAGUCAGGGCACAUGCCUGGGUUGCAGGCCAGUUCCCAGCAGGGGACACGAGAGGCAACCACACAUUGAUGUUUCUCUCAUUCUCUCCUUCCAUUCCUCUCUAAAGAUAAGUAAAUAAAAUAUUUUUUAAGUCCUAUGUAAAUGAGUUUAUAAACUUUUUUCUAGUUUGUAUUAGUCCAGAAGAACUAAAUGAGGCUAUUUAUCCUUGAACAAAAUGGUAAUCAGAGCACUCAGUAUUGGUAUUGGUGAACUGACAAUGAGAGCUAUAUAUCUAUUACACAAAGACCGUAUCUUGCCAUGAAUAAUGUGCACUUUAUUGCCCAAAUUUUUGAGGGAAAAAUAAGGACGCACAUUACACAUGGGUAGUACCUGAAAUACCUUGUAUCUGGUCUUGUGUUUCGUGAUUAUUUGUUACAUAAAAUUUUUUGUACCAUAAUAUGUUCAAAAAUAAAUUCCUUUGUAAUACAAAAAACAAGUAUCUAAAUAUAAGCAAAUAAUUGAAUUAAGAGAUUUUUUUUCCCUCAAAGUUUAGGCCAAAGGCAUGGGUGCACAUUAUACACGGGAGCACAUUAUAAACAGCAAAAUACGGUGUAUCAGUCAGUCUGGAUAUGCAGUGGUAGUAAGUAACCUGUGAAGCAGACAUACAGUAUCUUCUUAGACGUUAUUCCUCAUAAUGCAGUAACAUAAUUCACCAAGACCUUAAUGAAACGAGAUUUGUAUACAUGUGUGCGACUUAGCCUUGCUGUGGGCUAGCUAUAAAGUCAGAGAAAAGGAGACAAAAAGAGUAGUUCUAAAAAGCCAAGUUUCGAAUUAUAACCAUUUACUGUUGCUUUGGCUUCAUUGCAGUGAUUUUCAAUGGUUCUUUUUAAAGCAACAUUUUGUGUAAACUUCAUAUACAAACUUUAUAUAUCACUACUGUAAAUGGAAAGUCAUUUUAUGUACCAUAUCUAGCAGAUAAUGAAUACAAUUAAAAUUAAAUGAUUAGAAUUUUAAAAUAAAGAAUUAAAUAUUAGUGGUACUCAGUAUGAACAAUUAUUUAUUUUAAAAAUUUUUUUUUAGAUUUUAUUUUCUUAAGUAGCAUAGAUGGUAGGUAGAAAAUAGGGGGAGGGCAAGAAUAGUAUGGGAAAUACAGAAUCUAAAUUAGAACUUGAGAC